AUGGCAGAUCCGCAAGCACAAGCACAAACACAAACACAAGUACCUUCACAAGACCACGCAAGGAGGUCCAUGUCGUGCACGCACACCUCAUCCGAAAACCUGGUCCUCGAAACGACGAACUCCGAGUACGGUGACCUAGCGUCGCCGGACGAUGACGCGGAGCAGGAAAAAGCUGAGGGACGCCUCCGUUCGUCCUUCGCGACGGGUCGGUCGAACGAUCUGAAUCCCAGUCUCAACCUCCAGAAGACGGUGACCCGGCGGGAGACGAUCCUGUCACGGAUCCGCUCGCGUCCGCCGCUCGGCAACUUCAGCCACCCGCUCGAGCACCAGAAGACGACUGUUGAAGACUUGGUCGACUUUGACGGGCCGGACGAUCCUUACAGACCGCUGAACUGGGCGAUGAGCAAGAAAGUCCUCACCACGGCAUUGUAUGGGUUCACGACCAUGAGCGCGACGUGGGGGAGCAGCGCGUACAGUCCGGGGACGGAGCAGGUGGCGCGGCAGUUCCACGUGGGCACGCAAACGUCUACGCUGGGCACGACGUUGUUCUUGUUUGGGUUCGGCCUUGGGCCCUUGCUGUGGGCGCCGCUGUCCGAGGUGUAUGGGAGGAAGAAUGCGGUGCUGCCGCCUAUGUUUGUGGCGGCCAUGUUCUCGUUCGGGUCGGGUGCGGCCAAGGACAUUCAGACCAUCAUGAUCACGCGGUUUUUUGCCGGCUUCUUUGCUUCGGCGCCCGUCACGAAUACUGGGGGAGUGCUGGCGGAUCUGUUCCCUGCAUCACAGAGAGGCAUUGCCAUAGCCACAUAUGCCAUGGCUGUCGUACUCGGUCCCGUGUUUGGCCCCAUCAUUGGUGCGGCCCUCGUGGUCCAGCGGAACCUCCGGUGGCGGUGGACCGAAUACCUCACGGGCAUCCUCCAACUGUUCAUCCUAUCUCUCGACGUCAUCUUCCUGGAUGAGAGCUACCCGCCACGGCUCCUCGUCUACAAGGCCCGACGGCUUCGCCAUCAGAGCGGGAACUGGGCCCUUCACGCAAAAUUUGAGGAGUGGGAUGUGUCCAUCCAGGAGCUCGCGAACAAGUUCUUGAUCCGACCAUUCCAGUUGCUGACGACCCCGAUCUGCGCGCUCGUGGCCCUGUACGCGAGCUUCUGUUACGGUAUCCUGUACAUGCAGCUGGGCGCCAUUCCCAUCAUCUUUGCCGAGAAUCGACACUGGAAGCAGGUCCCUUCAGAACUUCCCUUCCUGGCCAUCCUGCUCGGAGCAGUCACUGGCGCCGCCAUCAAUAUCUUCAACCAAAUAUUGUACAAUCGCAAAGCGGGCGGUAAAGUGGCCCCCGAGCUGAGGCUGCCUCCCAUGAUGUUCGGCUCCUUCCUCUUCGCUGCCGGCCUCUUCGUGACGGGAUGGACGGCAGAUCCCAGCAUCCACUGGAUCGCGCCCGUCAUAGGACUCUACCUGGCCGGGUUGGGCUUUUUCACCAUCUUCCAGGCGGCCUUGAAUUACCUUGUCGACACCUUCCAGAAAUAUGCCGCCAGUGCGGUUGCUGCCAAUACCUUCCUCAGGUCGUGUUUUGCUGGAGCUUUUCCACUCGUAGUUGCGCCGCUGUACCACAACGUAGGGGUAGCCUGGGGGACGAGCAUAUUUGGGUUCUUCUCCGUGGCACUGAUCCCCGUGCCCUUCGUUUUCUACAUGUAUGGGAAGCGGAUAAGAGCCCGCAGUAAAUGGAGUAAAUUCUAG